AUUUGGGUCAGUAUUGAUGAUUAUCAACCAGGGCAGUGUUGUCUGUUACAUUCAGUGGCUCAUUUCUACUGACAGUGGCUUCUGUUUGCCUUUUCCGGUCCUCUUGGGGCUUGGAUAUAACCUGAGUGGAAAUAAGCUCUCUAUAAAAAUAUCCUUUUCCGAUGUGUAAUAUACCUGUAUACCUGUGGUUGCAGAAGAUUUGAACAAGGACAAAUGAGAAUUUGAGAGGUGAAGCCUGUCCACCCUUCAGAUGGAGUGUUGAUCCAACACCAGUAACUGACCCCUUUGAUAUCAUCCGCUGCAUUAUUUGCAUACAAAGGAGCAUGCUGAGCCCACCCACCGUAGGAGACGGGAUAUUGGACAUGGAUCACACUUCACAUUACAGUGUGUGCAGGCUCCUCGCCUCUCUACUGUAUGGGCUGGAGUCUCAUAUGGAUGACAGUGAGGACAGCAAUUUCCUGCAGGACACACUUAUGGGGAACACACUCCAUCUGCUCAUCAGGGUCUAUGAGAGAUUGCUUCGCUUUGGAGCCCAGAGGCUCAAACCCAUCCAGGACAGUGCAGAGUGCCUGGCAGGCGAGUUGGCUCUAGAGCUAAGGGAGUCGUAUGCCAGUCCAGAGGCAGCUGAGCUGUACUACCUGCUGUCCAAACCCCACCUUAAGAGUCUGCUGUCUGUCCACGAUUCUGUGGCACAGAAAAAUUACGACCCUGAGCUUCCACCUCUGCCCGGCAACAUUUGUGACGAAGAGGAAGACUCAGUAAAGAUCGUUCGGCUUGUCAAAAAACAAGAGCCUCUGGGUGCCACUAUAAGGAGGGAUGAAUUCACUGGUGCUAUCGUUGUGGCUCGAGUUAUGAGGGGAGGAGCAGCAGAUCGAAGUGGAUUAAUUCGUGAGGGGGAUGAGCUCAGGGAAGUCAAUGGCAUUCCAGUGGAGGACAAGGACCUGGAAGACAUUAUCCCCAUACUGGCUCAGGCGGAUGGGGCCGUAACCUUUAAAGUGAUACCAGGUACCAAAGAAGAGCCAGCAGUCAACGACACCAAGACCUUUGUCAGAGCUCUCUUUGACUACGAUCCUGAAGACGACCCAGCGAUCCCAUGUAAGCUGGCGGGUCUGGCAUUUAAGAGGGGCGACGUCCUCCAGAUCAUGUGCCAGGAGGACGAGGUGUGGUGGCAGGCCCGGCACCAUGACACUAACUCUCAAGCAGGGUUGAUCCCAUCCAGAGAACUUCAUGAGAGGCGAGUGUCCCAUCGCACAUCAUCCUGUAGGUUUUCUGGCCUCAGAAAGAGCUUCCGGCUGAGCAGGCGAAACAGCGAAAGCGACAAACAGUCAAGAUGGAGGAAGUUCAGGAGACAUCGCCACGGCCUGAUUCCCACCUAUCUCGAGGUCGUGCCCUACCAGAGGGGACCAGCAGACCCUCACCGUAUGGUGCUGAUGUUCGGGCCCAGCGGAGUGGGGCUGAGCGAGCUGAAGAGGAAGCUGCUGCUGUCCGACCCUGAGCUCUACAGCGUCACUGUACCACACACCAGUCGCGAGCAGAGAAAGCACGAGAAAGAAGGGGUGGAGUACCACUUUGUCUCGAGGCACACAUUUGAAAAAGACAUCCUCAACCACAAGUUUAUAGAGUAUGGUGAGCAUAGUGGAAACUAUUACGGAACAAGCCUGGAGUCGGUGCAAAGGGUGUUAGCGGAGGGCAAGGUGUGCCUGCUGGAUGUGGAGCCUCAAACGGUGGAGAAACUGUACACCAGGGAACUCAAACCGUAUGUGGUGUUCCUGAAGCCGCCUCCAAUAGAGAGCCUGCGUCUGAGCCGAAGGAAAACCAAAGUCAUCUCAAGCAGAGAUGAGAGGACACAGACCAAAACCCUCACGGAGGAGGACUUUGAAGACAUGAUCGCCUCUGCCCACGCUAUGGAAAGCCAGUAUGGACACCUGGUUGAGGAGGUGAUAGUCAACGAUGACCUGGCUUUGGCUUUCACCGAGCUGAAGAAUGCACUGAGGAAGAUCGAGAAGGAGCCCCAGUGGAUCCCUGUAGCGUGGGCACAGGACUAGAGGGGAGGACAGAAGAUGUAGUCUAAUCACUGAUCAAAGUCAUUCUCAGAGAUUUAUGACUGAAUUAAAAACUGUCCGAUAACUCAGGUGAUGUUUUAACAAUGAGUUGAACACAAUCUUAAAAUUAACCUUCCAGAAGGGACGUCGAGUGUGUUCCUUCGAAGGACAUUAGACAGUUUCAUGUGUUUUGGAAAAAUUCUUGGUCUCGAGCCUCUAAAUAAAAUGCCUGUGUGCUUCCUCACAGUCUGUGUCAUACCUGAUGCUGGGGCCAUAUUUUCUCUCCUGUGUUCCUCAGGUCUCUGUGUAAUGUUGUGGUCCAUGUUUUGACAUUAAAAGCUUGCAGGCUUUGGCACACCCCGACGAGAUGUGUUCUCAAUUUGAAGCGUAAGUGGGUUGGAGCGGGGACUCUCUGAUCCUCCUUAACCUCGUGCAGGAGGAAUGAGCUCAGGGAUGAGGGCGCUGAAACGUGUCCAGGUACACAAAC